AUGUCCGCCCACAGAAUGAAGAUCGGCUGUGCCGGUCUUGGUCGCAUGGGCAAACGCCAUGCACUGAACUUCCUCGAGCGCACGCCCCGAGCAGAAUUGGUCGCCGCAAGCUCCCCUGAUCCCGCAGAACUCGAAUGGGCCAAAAAGCACCUGGAACCCUUCGGCGUGCGGCUAUAUCAGAACUACGAUGACAUGCUGAAACAAGAAGGCCUUGAAGCUGUCGUAGUUGCAUCGGCGACCGCAGUACAUGCCGAGCAGGCAAUUAAGGCGAUCGAUGCUGGCAAGCAUGUCCUUUGCGAGAAACCGCUGUCGACGAGCGUGGAAGUAUCCCAAUCCGUCGUCGACGCAGCUUCCAAGAAACCUCACCUCAAGGUGAUGUGCGGUUUCUCACGCCGCUUCGACAAGUCCUACCGCGACGCCUACAACAAAAUGCAAGCCGGCGCAAUUGGUUCUCCCUCCGUGCUCCGCAGCCAAACCUGCGAUAAACUCGACCCCUCAGGGUUCUUCGUCGCCUACGCCGAAUUCUCCGGCGGAAUUUUCGUGGACUGCUCCAUCCACGAUAUCGACCUGACACUCUGGUUCUUCGGUGCUAGCAGUAAGGUCAAGUCCGUGUCGGCGGUGGGCAUUACCGCCGUCGAGCCCGAUCUACGGAAGCACAAGGACCGCGAUAAUGCAGUCGGUCUAGUUGAGUUCUAUGAUGGCCGGAUUGCGUACUUUUAUGCAUCGCGCAUGAUGGCUGCGGGCCAGGAGGAUACUACCGAGAUCAUCGGUACAAAGGGCAAAGUCACCGUGAACACGCAGCCGGCGAUGAACCAUGUGAAUUUGUUUGAUGAUACAGGUGUGCGGCGUGAGAUUCCUCAGACGUACUAUGAUCGGUUUGAGUAUGCUUUUGUUACUGAGGCGAAUGAGUUUACUGCGUCUGUGUUGGAUGGGACUCCGCUGCCGCUGGAUUUGACGGCUGCGGUGCAGGCUGUGCGGAUUGGGGCUGCGUUGCAGGAGUCAAUGGUUUCGGGGAAGAAGAUCUGUUUCGAUGAGCAGGGGAAUCGGACGGAGGUUGCGAGGUUGUAG